AUGGCCCCCAAACCCGUUUCGACUGCUUCGAAGGCACCUGCCUCCACCGCUGGGAAGGCACCUGCAAAAACCGAAGGCUCCAAGGCUGCCAAGAAGACAGCGAGCAAGAGUCAACCCAGCUCUUCUGGGGUGGACGGCGAGAAGAAAAAGCGUAAGAAGGCGAGAAAGGAAACAUAUAGUUCCUACAUUUACAAAGUUCUCCGACAGGUUCACCCUGACACCGGGAUCUCAAAUAAAGCAAUGGCCAUUCUAAACUCCUUUGUGAACGAUAUUUUUGAGCGUAUUGCCACUGAAGCUUCGAAGCUCGCAACAUACUCGAAGAAGUCGACCAUCUCUUCACGAGAAAUUCAGACCAGUGUACGUCUGAUUCUGCCCGGUGAACUAGCCAAACAUGCCAUCUCAGAAGGAACCAAGUCGGUUACUAAAUUUUCAGCCGGGGCCAAGUAG